CGAGGGGCAGGCCGGGGUCCUCUGCGGGCAAGGGGAGGGGGCAGAAGCUGGUGGUGGAGUAGGGGCUAGCGGAGUCCGAGCCGAUGUUUACACCGGGCAGAGAUUUGCCCGGGUAACAUAAUGCCAGCUGAGCGCAAAAAGUCAGCCAGUAUGGAAGAAAAAGAAUCUUCAUUAAAUAACAAAGAGAGAGACUUCAGUGAAAGGCGAUCAGUUAGCAGCAGAGAGAAACCAAAGGAGGAUUUGAAGGUUGGCCUGAAGAGAGAGACUCUCAAGACACCUGAAGAUAAAAAGAAAAAACUGGAGGAGGAUAAACGGAAAAAAGAAGACAAGGAGCGAAAGAAAAAAGAAGAGGACAAGAUAAAAGCUGAAGAAGAGCAGAAGAGGAAAGAGGAUGAAGAAAAAAAGAAAUUUGAAGAGGAAGAGAAAAAGAAACAAGAGGAAGUAAAACGUCAGCAAGAGGAGGCAGCUGCACAAUUGAAAGAGAAAGAGGAAGCACAUCAACUCCACCAGGAAGCUUGGGAGCGCCAUCAAGCAAGAAAGGAACUCCGCAGCAAGAACCAGAAUGCACCAGAUAACCGCCCUGAGGAGAAUUUCUUUAGCAGGCUGGACUCGAGUCUGAAGAAGAACACUGCUUUUGUUAAGAAGCUAAAAACUAUCACAGAACAACAGAGGGACUCCUUGUCUCAUGAUUUUAAUAGCCUCAAUUUAAGCAAGUACAUUGCAGAAGCUGUAGCUUCUAUUGUUGAAGCAAAGCUGAAAAUAUCAGAUGUGAACUGUGCCGUGCACUUGUGUUCUCUGUUUCACCAGCGCUAUGCUGAUUUUGCUCCAUCACUACUUCAGGUUUGGAAAAAGCAUUUUGAAGCAAGGAAAGAAGAGAAAACUCCCAACAUUACCAAACUAAGAACUGACUUGCGUUUCAUUGCAGAAUUGACAAUAGUUGGGAUUUUCACUGAUAAAGAAGGUCUGUCUUUAAUCUAUGAACAGCUAAAAAACAUUAUUAAUGCUGAUCGAGAGACCCAUGCUCAUGUUUCUGUGGUAAUAAGCUUUUGCCGGCACUGUGGAGAUGAUAUUGCUGGUUUGGUACCAAGGAAGGUUAAAAAUGCUGCAGAGAAGUUUAACUUGAGUUUUCCUCCUAGUGAGAUAAUCAGCCCAGAGAAGCAACAGCCCUUCCAGAAUUUGUUGAAGGAAUACUUUACAUCUUUGACCAAACACCUGAAAAGGGACCACAGAGAGCUACAAAAUAUUGAGAGACAAAACAGGCGUAUUCUGCACUCUAAAGGAGAGUUGAGUGAAGAUCGACACAAGCAAUAUGAAGAAUUUGCAAUGUCCUAUCAGAAGCUGUUGGCAAAUUCUCAGUCUCUGGCUGAUCUGUUGGAUGAAAAUAUGCCGGAUCUUCCCCAAGACAAACCAACACCAGAGGAACAUGGGCCUGGCAUUGACAUUUUUACCCCUGGCAAACCUGGAGAAUAUGACCUGGAAGGGGGCAUCUGGGAAGAUGAAGAUGCUCGAAAUUUCUAUGAGAACCUUAUUGAUCUAAAAGCUUUUGUGCCAGCCAUUUUGUUUAAAGAUAAUGAAAAAUGUUCUCAGAACAAGGACUCCAGCAAGGAUGAAUCCAGAGAUUCAAAAGAUGCCAAGGAUAAUAAGGAUGUUGCUGGUAGUGAGGAUUUGGACUUGGAUAUGGAGAAUUUGGACAUUAAUUAUGAUAACUUGGAGUUAGACUGUGGAGAUGAAGCAGAAGAUCUCGCAAAAAAGCUUCUUGAUGAGCAAGAACAAGAGGAUGAAGAAGCCAGUACUGGGUCUCACUUAAAACUGAUAGUAGAUGCUUUCCUUCAGCAACUCCCAAACUGUGUCAACAGAGAUCUCAUAGACAAGGCAGCAAUGGAUUUUUGCAUGAGUAUGAACACAAAAGCCAAUAGAAGAAAAUUAGUACGAGCUCUCUUCAUAGUUCCUAGACAAAGGUUGGAUUUGCUACCAUUUUAUGCAAGGCUGGUUGCCACAUUGCAUCCCUGUAUGUCUGAUGUAGCAGAGGAUCUUUGUUCCAUGCUGAAAGGCGAUUUCAAAUUUCAUGUGAGAAAAAAGGACCAGAUAAAUAUUGAAACAAAAAAUAAAACUGUGAGAUUUAUUGGAGAGCUUGCCAAGUUUAAGAUGUUCUCCAAAAAUGACACCCUGCAUUGUUUAAAGAUGCUUCUGUCAGACUUUUCUCAUCACCAUAUUGAAAUGGCAUGUACUCUGCUGGAAACAUGUGGAAGAUUCCUAUUUAGAUCACCAGAAUCUCACUUAAGGACAAGCGUUCUUUUGGAACAAAUGAUGAGAAAGAAACAAGCAAUGCAUCUUGAUGCACGGUAUGUCACAAUGGUGGAGAAUGCAUACUACUACUGUAAUCCCCCUCCAGCUGAAAAAACGGUGAGGAAGAAACGCCCACCUCUGCAGGAGUAUAUUCGUAAGCUUCUUUACAAGGAUCUCUCCAAGGUCACCACUGAGAAGGUCCUGAGACAGAUGCGCAAAUUGCCCUGGCAGGAUCCUGAAGUGAAAGAUUAUGUUAUAUGUUGUAUGAUCAACAUCUGGAAUGUGAAAUACAAUAGUAUUCACUGUGUAGCUAACCUCUUAGCAGGGUUGGUGCUUUACCAAGAGGAUGUUGGAAUUCAUGUUGUGGAUGGAGUGCUAGAGGAUAUUCGCCUAGGCAUGGAGGUUAACCAGCCAAAGUUUAAUCAGCGACGGAUCAGCAGUGCCAAGUUCUUGGGAGAACUUUACAAUUACCGAAUGGUAGAGUCAGCUGUAAUAUUUCGAACUCUGUAUUCAUUUACAUCAUUUGGUGUGAACCCUGAUGGUACUGCUAGUCCACUGGACCCUCCAGAACAUCUUUUCCGAAUUAGACUCGUCUGCACCAUCCUUGAUACCUGUGGGCAAUAUUUUGACAGAGGUUCUAGCAAACGGAAGCUUGAUUGCUUCCUUGUCUACUUUCAGAGGUAUGUUUGGUGGAAAAAGAAUUUGGAAGUUUGGACAAAAGACCAUCCAUUUCCUAUUGACAUUGACUAUAUGAUAAGUGAUACACUAGAACUGUUGAGACCAAAGAUAAAACUCUGCAAUUCUCUGGAAGAAUCUGUCAGGCAGGUACAAGACUUGGAACGAGAAUUCUUAAUAAAACUAGGCCUUGUGAAUGACAAAGAUUCAAAAGAUUCUAUGACAGAAGGAGAGAAUCUGGAGGAAGAGGAAGAGGAGGAGGAAGGUGGAGCAGAGACAGAAGAACAGUCUGGAAAUGAAAGUGAAGUAAAUGAGCCAGAGGAAGAGGAGUGCUCAGACAACGACGAUGAGGAAGGUGAGGAAGAAGAAGAAGAGAAUACUGAUUACCUCACAGACUCCAAUAAGGAGAAUGAAACUGAUGAAGAGAACCCAGAAGUAAUGAUUAAAGGAGGAGGACUUAAACAUGUUCCUUGUGUGGAGGAUGCGGACUCAUUCAGCAUGGAUAAAAUGAUGCUAGAGAAUCUUCAGCAACGGAGUGGAGAAUCUGUUAAAGUACAUCAGCUGGAUGUUGCUAUUCCUCUGCAUCUCAAGAGUCAACUAAAGAAGGGUCCACCCUUGGGCGGUGGGGAAGGAGAAUCAGAGUCGGGAGACACAAUGCCAUUUGUCAUGUUAACUCGAAAAGGCAACAAACAACAGUUUAAGAUCCUAAAUGUGCCAAUGUCUUCCCAACUUGCUGCCAACCACUGGAAUCAACAACAGGCUGAGCAAGAGGAGAGAAUGAGAAUGAAAAAGCUCACUCUGGAUAUUAAUGAACGGCAAGAACAAGAGGACUAUCAAGAGAUGUUACAGUCUCUGGCACAGCGUCCAGCUCCAGCAAAUACUAAUCGUGAACGGCGGCCUCGUUACCAGCAUCCGAAGGGAGCACCUAAUGCAGAUCUAAUCUUUAAAACUGGUGGGAGGUAA